UAUUCUAGAGACUUCCUAUGCAACAUGAAUCGCCAUAGCUCGCAUAGGUAUAUAAUGGCUCCGCCUCUCCCGGGGAGGAGGGAAAUUUUUCUAGGGUCUGGGACAUCGUCGCGCAGGUAUAGCGAUCGUCGCGCGGAUGAUCUGUUGGAAUGGAUUCGCCGGCGUGGAGUGAGGGAAUGCAGGAAUCCGGCUUGAGGAGCGCCGCUUCGCCGCAGCCGCUGGAAGCGCUCCAGGGCAAUGCGCCGCCCCCAUUUCUCACGAAGACAUACGACAUGGUGGACGAUCCGGCCACGAAUGGGAUAAUCUCGUGGAGCGCGACCAACAACAGCUUCGUGGUGUGGAAUCCGCCCGAGUUCUCGCGCGAUCUCCUUCCCAGGUACUUCAAGCACAGCAAUUACUCGAGCUUUGUGAGGCAGCUCAACACAUAUGGGUUCAAGAAGGUCGAUCCCGACCGAUGGGAAUUCGCAAACGAGGACUUUCUCCGGGGCCAGAAGUCUCUACUCAAGAACAUCCACCGCCGCCGAAACGUCGGCGGAACGAGCAGCGGCAGCCCGAGAUCGUCGCCCAGUAUCAGCACCGUGGUGGCCGAACAGCAGCCGUGCGUGGAAGUUGGCCAGUUUGGAGGCGUCGAGGGCGAGGUGGAGCGGCUGCGCCGCGAUCGAAACAUGCUCAUGGUGGAGCUGGUCCGGAUGCGGCAGCAGCAAAUCCUCACGCAGCGCGGCAUGCAGCAAAUGAUGCAGCGCCUCCAGGUGACGGAGCAGCGGCAGCAGCAGAUGAUGUCCUUCCUGGCCAAGGCGAUGCAAAACCCGGCCUUCCUCUCGCAGCUCCUCCAGCAGCAAGAGCAGGCCGAGCAGAUCCUAGGCGCACAGGAGCAGCAGCAGCAGCAGCACAAGCAGCAGCAGCAGGAGCUUGCCUCGAGUUCCAAGGUGAAGAAGAAGCGGAGAACUCCCCGGGGAUCUAUGGUGAAGUAUCCAAACUUGCUCAUGGCUAGCGUUAGAGAGUCUAGUGGCACUAGCUCGUCGUCAUCGUCGGGUACUUCGGGCUCCAAUAUGGUGAUUGACUUGUUUCCCUCGUCUGUUGAUGGCUUGGAGGCCGCGGAGGAUGAUCUCGGUGGCCACCGGGUGAUUGACGGGAUGAUCCCAGGGGUGAUUGACGGAAUGAUCCCCGCCGCCAAGGCGAAAGGUGGCGGUGGCGGUGGUAGCAGGGAUCCAGGACUCGAGAGGAUCGGCUCGAGCGGCAGUGGAGUUUUUGGUGCUCCGGAUUCCAGCUUGGGUGAUGAUAGUGGUAGCAUGGCUUUCGAGGUGGAUCCGGCAGGGGAGAUCGAUGAGAGCAGCCUCUUGUCGAGUGAUUUCUUCUGGGAGCAAAUACUCCUGGGGAAGAUCGAGGAGGAGAGCGUCGGGGGGGCCGAGCAAGGAGGAGGUGGAGACGAGGAGGAGGACGAGGAUGAUACUGGUGUGGAUGUAGACCAGCUCGUUGCCAGGCUCGAGAAUGGGAGGCUAUCGCCCGGCAAGGAAAAGUACCCGGGAUGAUCAUCGCGAGAAUCCAGCGUUCUCUUUGGUUGUUUCGUUCUUGACUCGUUCUCGCAAUGUUCUGUAUGACUUUUUUUGCGUUGACUAUAAACAUGAUCGACUACUUUAAACUAA